CGCAGCAUUGCUACCCGGAUUAGCUUGUGGUUGCUGUGAAGCAGCUAACCGGCUAAGCUAACCUGUUACUAACUAGAGUUUAAAGGUAAUUACCCGUCAUAAUAAUCAUGUCUUUUAAAAGAGAAGGUGACGACACGAGUCAGCUGAGCAUCCUGAAGAAACGGCGCGUGGCAGAUCUGCUGUCUCAUUUUAUUCCAGAAGAUGAAGCAGCUCUGAUGAAGAACGGAAGGUACACCUGCCUCGUGUGCUCCUACCGUCCCGUGUUUGACACUGUGGACACACUGACUGUCCACAGGAACGGAAAGAGACAUCUGGAAGGUUUGAAAGCGUUCUAUGGGAAAAAAGCACGGCUGAAGAAUGAAGUAACAAAAAGGCAACAUGAGAAGUACGUCCAGAGUGAAGACACAGGACAGGAGCCGUCCCGUUCUGCUCCUUUACUGGAACAAACACGCAAACUGACACAUCACGCUCUGUUGAAGACUGUACCGUAUAACAGCUGCCAUACCAAAACCAGUACAAAAUCUGACAAAGGUUUGCUGAGAAUCGUCUCAGAUCCCGCCGUCACCUCUUGCAGCAGAACAGCAUCAGAACAAGAACGAUCCUGUCAGGAAACUGAAGCUUCAAACGUUUCAUCACAGAACAGCUCCAGUGGCUGCGCAGCAGCCGGCGAAGGUUCACGUCCAUCAGCAGACAUGAGGGAAGCUGCAGAGCCUCUAACAGCCCAGAGGAGACGAGAGCUGGAACACUACCUCAAACUGAAAAGUGACGGGUGGCUGCAGGACCGGAGCGGCCGCUGGGUGAAAGAUGAGAAUGUGGAGUUUGAUUCAGACGAGGAGGAGGAGCCUCCUUCACUCACUCCUCCACCCUCAGGUCACUGACACUGUGGGAAACACAGAUGAACUUGUACCACAGUGGUGCGUCAGAGGCCACGCUGCUGUUUGAAACAGCGAGAACUCUUUAUACAGAUCUGCAACACAUCAACUUCACACUGAAUUCAUCCACAGAUUCAUUUUAUAGAAUCAGACGCAACAGUUAAAGUCAGAAACGUGUCCUUGUAUUUUUUAUUAUAAUAAAUGUUUGUUAACGGACCACUGAGCAGAUUUUGACCCAAAGAUUAAAAAAGAGAAAACCA